UUAUUAUUUAACAAUUGAAUUUGAAAAAAGGAAAACAACGCGCCGCCCUUUCAUAAAAACGCAGCCGAAGUUCUUCGUCGUCAGGAAGGAAGGAAAACCGCCGGAUAAAGAGAGUCAUUAUUUGCUGCAAGAGAUGAAAAUCUUGGAGGCCAAUGUUUCUGCACUUACAAAUUUCGAGGUCCUUGAUUUCAUACGAAGUAAAGGAGCUUCAAAAGAUCCAACACGGGUUAUUGCCAAAGUAGCAAUGUCCGAAUACAAGGUUUACGAUUAUUUAGUUAAUACCGCAGCUGGUAGUCAAACGAGAGAGAGCGUCAAAGAAUAUUUGACAAGUAUUAAACAGCAUGAGCUGUCAGAGGCCGAGGUUCUGAAUGUAUUAAACAUCAGACCAGCUGCUGAAGUUGAAUUAUUUCAUAUCAUAGAGGAUUGUACAAUCCGUUUUCCAGAUGAACAGAUAGCUGAAAUAGUAGAGCUGGUAGAAAAAACUUUGCCAGCACCAUCUAACAAAGAGAAAUCUAAAGAAAUCUCCGAGGGAGAAGAAGAAACAGAAACACAGAAAAAAGAAAAUGGUAAUGAGAUUAGUCAAGAUCAAACUGAAGAUGAAGAACAAAUGGACACAAGUUGAGAUUUAAUUUUAAAUAUUUAAUGAUUUUUUUACGAACCUGAGAAAGUCCUGCGGGUGUGUACUUCUACAGGAAACUUUAGGAAUACAAAUGCUGCUGGCUUUGCUUGCUCUAAAUCGAAAGCUUAGAAUUUCUUAAGAUAUAUUCU